UUGACUUCUUUCUUGUUAAAAUUAAAAAAAUGUUUUUUGACUGAAACGUUAAUUUGUGGCAACCCUAAACGCAACAAGCUGUGUUGGCUAACGCUCUGCAGCACUUUCCCCACGCGGGUUCAGUUUUACUUUAUUUAUAAAUCCGCAACCCAUCAAAAUGGUCUCCCAGCAGCAGAUCGAGGCCAUCGGAGGAGUCCUGAACAACAAGGAUCGCCCGCUAAAGGAGCGUUUUCGGGCUUUGUUUACCCUGAAGAAUAUAGGAGGGGGAACGGCAAUCGAGGCGAUCAGCAAAGCCUUUGACGAUGAAUCAGCGCUGCUCAAACACGAACUGGCCUAUUGUUUAGGCCAGAUGCAGGAUGCCAAAGCUCUAAACAUCCUUACCAAGAUCCUGAAGGACACCGCUCAGGAGCCGAUGGUGCGCCACGAGGCAGCUGAGGCCAUGGGAGCCAUUGGGCACCCCGAUGUGCUGCCCAUUCUGGAGGAGUACAAAUUGGAUCCGGUGGUGGAGGUGGCCGAAACGUGUGCCAUCGCUCUGGACCGAGUCCGCUGGCUGCAGAGUGGCCAGAAGGUGGACGACAGCAAUCCCUACGCUUCCGUGGACCCUUCACCGCCAACGGCGGGCGACAUGAGCGUCGCCGAACUAAAAAGCAUCUACCUGGAUGCCCAGCAGAGCCUGUUCGAUCGCUACAGGGCUAUGUUCAGCCUUCGCAAUCUGCGCACCGAGGAUAGUGUCUUGGCCAUCGCCGAAGGACUGAAGGACUCCUCUGCCCUGUUCCGCCACGAGGUGGCCUUCGUCCUCGGCCAGCUGCAGGAGCCCUGCAGCAUUCCCUAUCUCCAGGAGAACCUGGAGAAUCGCCUGGAGAACGAAAUGGUGCGCCACGAGUGUGCCGAGGCUCUGGGCGCCAUUGCCACAGAGGAUUGCAUCAAGAUCUUGAAUCGCUAUGCGGAGGACGACAAACGCGUGGUCAAGGAGAGCUGCGUCAUCGCCUUGGACAUGUGCGAGUACGAGAACAGCCCGGAGUUUCAGUACGCCGAUGGGCUGACCAAAUUGGACGGGACCAAAUGAUUUACGCAGCCCAUUUGCAUCCACCAACUGUAUAUAUUAUUUGUAAACAUGCAUUGUUUUUCACAUAUUGUGAUUGCACGGAUCUAAUCUUAUCUGGACAUAAAAAAAAUUGAAACGUGA